AGCUUUAGAAUCUCAGGUGCUUUGUUAAAAUGAUCGUCAGACGUAAAAACGAUUUUGUUUUUUACGUAAAUCAUGGCCACAGACAAAAAGAAACCCAAGAAGCCACCCCCGAAAAAAGAACCAAAGAAAAAAGAAAGCAGCAGUAAGAAAAACAAAAAGAAACUGCCCAGCAGUCCGCUCAUAGCGGCUAUUGAAAAGAAUCUGCUGAAAAUAUGCUAUUUCAUAGCCAUAAGCGAUCUGAUACAUGCCCUGUACUUUGCAGUGCAGGCCACAAUUCUGCUGGUGGUGCGCUUUCACCUCAUUUCAAGCUUGGCCCUGACCGGCACUAUAUUCUGGGUUCUGGUUGUCAUCAUUCUGCUUGUGGGCCUGUGGAAGCGUCGUCCACCGUUUGUCCGGGCGUGGAUACUGUUUUCUGCAGUGGGUUUCGUUAUGGACAUCUUAUUUCUGAUAUGGGGCAUAACCAGUUCCAUAACCGUGGACUGGGAUCACCUGCAGGAGUUCACAAUCAUAUUUAUUGGCAUACUUGUGGAAUUUACAUGCAUAUAUUUUAUAUAUCGAUAUUACUUGCAAAUGGAGGGUAGUGCGGUGUCGAAGGGAGCUGAAACGGGAUGUUGUAAGUCGGGGGGCAGUAACAAAAGUAACAAAAGCACCGACAGGAAGAAGAGUGGAAGUGAAAAGAAGAAACCGGAUGACAAGAAGAAGGCACAGGAGAAGAAAGCAAAGGAAAAGAAGAAGGCGCAGGACAAGAAGACAGCGGAGGACAAGAAGAAGGCAGCAGCAAAAAAGAAAGGGAAGAAAUGAUUCGUUGCUUGAUUUUAUUUUGUCAUUAUUUCCCACUGUACUUGCCUGGUUGGUUGGCUGGUUGGCCUUGUGUUUCAAUGCCAAAUAA